AUGGAUGUGAGGUUCACUGGGAUGCUCUGUGUGCUCUGCCUGCUCAUCACAGUCCAAGCAUUUACCCAGGAGGAGUUCAAGGAGGUGUUGCUGAAGCAGCUCAGGCUGUCUGAGGUCCCUAAACUUCAUAGGAGAGACUUGGUGGAUCUGGUUAUCCCAGACCACGUAAAGAACAAAUACAUCUCCAUGCUGAAGCGGCAGAGGGUGAAGCGCCGAGCUUUGCCGAGCCUGGCCGGCAUCCUCAGGGGGAUCCCUGGCAACGCAGAAGUCCUCUACUCUGACACCACCGCACGCCAGAACCUGAUCUUUGACAUGGAGGGCAGAAUACCUCAAAACAGUGAAGUGACAAUGGCUGAGCUGAAACUCUUCAAAAAGCCUCUGGACAGAGCAAACCUGCCUGCCAGGCAGUCUCACAGGCCCGUCUCCAACGCCAGAGUCAGCGUGUACUGGGUGCAGCGGCAGCACGAUGGAACCAACAGGACCUCCCUGAUAGACUCCAGGCUGGUCCCUAUACGUGAGUCUGGCUGGAAGAACUUUGAUGUGACACAGGCUGUGCAUUACUGGCUGCGAAACAAGAGGCGGGAGCCAAUGUUCCUGGAGGUCUGGAUUGAAGGAGAAAGGAUAGGCAGCUAUGCCUCUGAAAUGGCCAAAGCCGUGCGUUUCACCUCUCAGGACCCCAAGGAUAAAGCCUUAAGCAAACCUGAACUGGUGCUUUACACCCUCGACUUGGAAGACUAUGGGGGCCCCGGGGACUGCAGGGAGGAGGCAGCAAAGGGGAGAUCCACCUGCUGCCGGCAGAAGCACUACGUGAACUUCCGCGAGCUCCCCUGGGCGCAGCACUGGGUCAUCGAGCCGGCGGGGUACCAGGCUUACCGCUGCUCGGGGGGCUGCCUGCAGGCACCCGCUGCCCUGCGCCACUUCGGCUACGGUUGA